AUGGACCAAUUAGUUGAUAUAAGUACAAGCGUGAAAAAAAUCACAACGGUUUUCAUGCUUCAAAAAAGUGGAGCUAAUUGUACAAUUGAAGACUGGAGACCUCAGGGGAUUACCACUAUACGAUCGAAUGGUCUCAAUAGCUUCAAAUUGAGAAAGUACUUCAGAGUCACCGAGUUACUCGCUGUGGUUUGCAUAAGCCAAGAUUCCGAUGUAAAGCUCCUCAAUUCGUUGGCCUUGUUUUAUGAGUACGUGCGGCAGGAACGAAUAAUUUUAUGGAUGCAGGUAAAAGCCACAGAAGCCAUUCUGAAGGAAGUUGCUCGAAUGGCUGAGAUGCAUUCAUUUCUCCGGCUUGUUGUGUUUGAAAUGGGGAAUUUCAAAAACGGAACAUCGAACGUGUAUCACCUAAAACCUUUUCCCAAGCCACACUUUCAAAGAGUCGGGAACAUUUCCGACUUCAAGGGAGUAUUCAUUGAUCCCAGUCUCAACUUUCAAGGAAAGACGGCCACCUUAAUACAAAAACCGGGUUCUCUGGUCCAUUACAACGUUUGCUAUGAAGCUAUGGGAUGUUUUCCAGUAAUGACAGAAGAAGACAAGCAAGUGCUUGAGUUCGCUCGUAAGACCAACUUAUCUUUGAGGCUUUCCCUGGGAAAUAUUCGCGAUUUAAUCGCCGAAAACUACGACUUGCAGAUGAGCCCGGGACUUGUUUCCACACAGGAUGCUAAGAAGAGUGCAAACUCCUUCACAAUCGCUUCGGUGAUCGUCGUGGUGCCCUGCGGCAAGCAGAGAAGCCUUCGGGAUGUCCUCAGGCAACUGGAUUUCAAGAAGUGUGCCUUGUUUGUCCUGCCUGUUUACAUUGCAUUCGUGGUGGUGGAAGGACUGAUGCGGGUGGUAACCCUCCGAAUGAGUGGACAGACGCAUCUUCAACCCUUUUUGAGGUCUCUGAUAAAUCUCCGAGCGAUCGGUGCCAUCCUGGGCCAUUCCAUUGCCAUCCAGAGCAGGUGGAACUUCUCACGGCGCCAGCUCUUUUUGGCCCUGAGUGUAUUUGGAUUCGUUUUCAGUAACUUCUUCGCCUGCAAGCUGAGUGCCCUGCUCACAAAGCACUCUCGGCUGGCUCAGAUCCAGAACUUCGAGGAGCUGCGAGCCAGUGGACUCCCCGUCCUAAUCGAUGAAGAACUGCUGAACUUUAUUAAAAAGGAGUUAGAGGAAAACUUCAUAGAAAAGCAUAUACCAAAUGUCGUGGGUGUAACCAGGAAAUUUAAAGAUGAAAUGAUAAUACAGUUCAACGACAGCUUUGCUUACGUUUUCUACAAAGAAGAGUUUUAUAUUCUGGACAAGUACCAAAAGCAUCUGGGCCACAAGGUGUUUUGUGAGUCAUGUAACCUGACCAUUGUCUCCAACUUACCGAAAAUGUUCUAUCUCAAGAGAAACUCUCUUUAUAUGAAGCCCCUGCGAAAAUUUGUACAAAAGGUCCAGGAGUCGGGCAUAAACUUGCAUUGGAAAAGGGAAUUCCUUUACAUGGCUGAAAAACAUCUCAACAUAUCCAGAAACCGAGGGAUAACGAGAGAAGGUCGUCUCUCUUUCGGAGAUUUCGAAUGGCUCUGGUUUCUUCUACUCUGCGGCUACGGAAUUGCCAGUCUGGUGUUUUUAAUCGAGGUAACUGUUGGAGGUAACUAA